CAGAAUAGUCCAGUCCAACUGAGCCUCCCCCUGGUGUUUAAGUGGUUCAACCUUCUUGUUCCCCUCUAUCUCCUAUGAAUGGUUCAGUCCUGUACCUUUCUAGCCUCUGUGGUACCACCAAAAAACUUCUACCCAAACCCUCAGUGCUACAACUCAGUUGCUGAUGGAAUUUAAACUAGUAUUUGCAAGCUGAAAGUACAGUAUAUGUGAGAUACCCCUGGAGGAAUUUCUUCUUGGGAGAAGGCUUUGCUCCUAUAAGUUGUUGAAUAUUUUGGCUUAUGAAAGUUGUUUGGAAAUUGAUGUGGGGAGAUAUAAUAGAUCAUUGCCAUAACUAUUUCCAUGGCAAUCUUACCAUCUCACUUUUCCUCCCAGAUCCCUUUGUGUCCCAUUCUCUCCCUGCUGCACCAUCCCAUUCAAUCCCCACACCUGAUCUUAUUCCUUGUCUGCUUCCUUCAUUCCUUCUGCCAAUUCUCUGCCUGAGGCCCUGCUGCAUUCCCCUUUCCUUUGUAAGAGAAAGAGAUCUCUAAGGCAAGAAGUUCCUUAAGUUCCUUAAGUAUGCAUUGGUCUUCCUUAUUACUCAUUGAAUUUCUUGAGUGGGACUGUUGUCUUCUGUGUAUCUCUCACUGUUUGGCAUGACGGUUUGUACCUCGGGUGCCUCUGUGGAUUUGUACUGAAUGAAUGUGUUAACUGAAUGAGUUUCAUUACCAAGAAACCUAUGGCCUCUGAUAAUCCGCUGCACAGCCUCCUAUCUGUACCUUGUCUAGAGGAUAUGAAAAAUUUGGGAUGGUAACAGAGGGUAGAGCUGAGGAAGGCUGGCCCAGGAUAUGGUCUGUGAGAGUAAAAUCCAGGGAGAGGAGGGGGACAGAGGCAAUAUAGAAGAGUGGUAAGGAUGUGGCUCUGGAAAGAAGCCCAGCACUUUUGGUCACUUGCAGAAUAAAUUUGGACAAGUUACCUAACCUCCCAGGGCCUUAGUUUCCUCAUCUGCAAAAUGGGGUAAUCAAAGCACCAGCUAUGUUCAGAUUUGGGGAAGUGAAAAAAAUGCAUGUGAAAUGCUUAACACAGUGCCUGGCAUGUAACAGGUAUUGACUAAGUGCUAGCAGUUGUCCUGAUCGGAGCUUGAGGGACCUGUGAGAAUAAGCAAGGAUGUUUAGGAAUGGUAAGGAACUUAAUUGAAGACAGCCUCCUCCCCCAAUUGACUCAAAGAGAAGGAUCACUGAUCCAGAAAGAGGCCAGGAUUCAAGGGAGUGAGGCAAGGAGUCAGACAGGUCAGCCUGUUCCAAUGUAUUCCCUGACUCUGUUCAGGAACAUGUAGGCAAACACAGAAAGACAUGUGCAGAGACACACGUGAUCACCCUAGUGAUGCAGAGGCAGACCCAGACAAAAGACCGAGACAGGAGCCAGGCAGACACACAGACAGAGACAGCCCCGCGGAGUCAUGUAGACAGGGAUAAUGACAGGAACGCGUCAGACACAGGCACUGAGGGAGACAAGAUGAGCAGAUAUGCAGGUGCACACAAGAGACAGACACCCGGACCCACACACAGCCGACCUUGUCAGACAGACUGGUGAACACAGCGCCCAGUCAGAGGCAGACACAAGGCUCGCAGUGACACUUAGCGGGCCAAGGCCAGCACUGUCACUUCUCCGUGGGGGGGCGGGGAGGGGCCGGCCGCCGGGGAAGGCUGGAGAAGGGAAUCCCGGGCGGGCGGCCUGCCCGGGUGACUGAGUCACAGCGGAGCCUCAGCGGGCGGCCCUUCUGCCCCCCACCCCCGCCUCUCCUUCCAGGCUGUUACUGAGGCGGAGACACGGGUCAUGAUUGGCUUUCUGGGGAGAGAGGAAGUCCUGUGAUUGGUCGAUUUCUGGAGCUCACCAACGCUGUGAGAGGACUCUCCCACCCGGGGCGGUAUCGGCUGUGAAGGGUCAGGGGCUGCCAUCUGGGGACAGUGGGCACUCUUGUCAGAGCGGCUGGAGCCGGACCAUCCUCCCAGAGAGCUGGGGCAGGGGGCCGUGCUCAAUCUCCAGGGCUCCUGGGGCCACUGCUGACCUGGCUGGAUGCAUCGGGCAGUGGACCCUCCAGGGGCCCGCGCUGCACGGGAAGCCUUUGCCCUUGGGGGCCUGAGCUGCUCUGGGGCCUGGAGCUCCUGUCCGCCCCACCCCCUGCCUCGUAGUGCUUGGCUGCCUGGAGGCAGAUGCUCAGCCAGUAUUGGGCAGCCCCCACUCCCUGCUCCCCCACCCCCUUCACAUGGCAGUAGCUCUGCGCACCCCAACAAACCAUAUUAUGCUCCAGGGACGCCCACCCCAAGACCCCUCCAUGGGAAGUUGGAAUCCCUGCAUGGCUGUGUACAGGCAUUGCUCCGGGAGCCAGCCCAGCCAGGGCUGUGGGAACAGCUUGGACAGCUGUAUGAGUCAGAGCAUGACAGUGAGGAGGCCAUACGCUGCUACCAUAGCGCCCUUCGGUAUGGGGGAAGCUUUGCUGAGCUGGGGCCCCGCAUUGGCCGACUGCAGCAGACCCAGCUCUGGAACUUUCAUGCCGGCUCCUGCCAACACCGAGCCAAGGUCCUGCCCCCGCUGGAGCAAGUGUGGAACCUGCUGCACCUUGAGCACAAGCGGAACUAUGGGACCAAGCGGGGAGGUCCUCCAGUGAAGCGAGCUGCUGAACCCCCAGUUGUACAGCCUGUACCUCCUGCAGCACUCUCAGGGCCCUCAGGGGAAGAGGGCCUUAGCCCUGGAGGCAAGCGCAGGAGAGGCUGCAGCUCUGAACAGACUGGCCUUCCCCCUGGGCUGCCACUGCCUCCACCACCAUUACCACCCCCACCCCCACCCCCUCUCUCUGGCCUGGUUACCAGCCCCCCGUUUCAGCUGAACAAGCCAGGGCUGUGGAGUACCCUGCAUGGAGAUGCCUGGGGCCCUGAGCGCAAGGGUUCAGGACCCCCAGAGCGCCAGGAGCAGCGGCACUUGCUGUCUCACUCAUAUCCCUACCCAGCUCCAGCCUACACCACGCAUCCUCCCAGCCACCGGCUGGUCCCUACUGCACCCCCAGGCCCCGGCCCCCGCCCCCCAGGAGCAGAGAGCCAUGGCUGCCUGCCUGCCACCCGUCCCCCCGGAAGUGACCUUAGAGAGAGCAGAGUUCAGAGGUCGCGGAUGGACUCCAGCGUUUCACCAGCAGCAACUAUCGCCUGCGUGCCUUACGCCCCUUCCCGGCCCCCUGGCCUCCCUGGCAUUACCACCAGCAGCAGCAGCAGUAGCAGCAGCAGCGGCACCAGUCUCCGGGGUGUGGAGCUGAGUCCAGGCCUUCCUGGCGCUGACCAUUACCAAACUCACUCGCUGGAGGUCUCCUCUCACCAGGGCCGCCUGGGGCCCUCGGCACACAGCAGUCGGAAACCGUUUUCGGCGGCUCCCACUGCCACUCCCCACCUACCCCUGCCACCUGGGCCCACCUCACCCCCUCCACCCCCCUGUCCUCGCCUCUUUCGUCCCCCACCACCUCCUUCCUGGGUGAAGGGCCCAGCCUGCCGGUCAGCCCGAGAAGAUGGAGAGAUCUUGGAGGAGCUCUUCUUUGGGGCUGAAGGACCCUCUCGCCCUCCGCCCCCUGCCCUCCCCCCACGUGAGGGCUUCUUGGGGCCGCCAGCCCCCCGCUUUUCUGUGGGCACUCAGGAUUCACACCCCCCUCCCACUCCCCCAGCCACCAGCAGCAGCAGCAGCAGCAACAGCAACCACAACCACAACCACAGCCACAGCAGCAGCCCUAAUGGGCCUGUGCCCUUCUCACCACCUCCUUAUCUGUCCAGAAGUAUAGAGCCCCUUCCCCGGCCACCCAGCCCAACACUGAGCCCCCAGGACCCCCCUCUUGCACCCCUGACCCUUGCCCUGCCUCCAGCUCCUCCCUCCUCUUGCCACCAAAAUACCUCAGGAAGCUUCAGGCACUCGGAGAGCCCACGGCCCAGGGUCUCCUUCCCAAAGACCCCCGAGGUGGAGCCGGGGCCACUCCCAGGCCCCCUGAGUAAAGCCCCUCAGCCUGUGCCGCCUGGGGUUGGGGAACUGCCUGCCCGAGGCCCACGACUCUUUGAUUUUCCCUCAACCCCUCUGGAGGACCAGUUUGAAGAGCCAGCUGAAUUCAAGAUCCUACCUGAUGGGCUGGCUAACAUCAUGAAGAUGCUGGAUGAAUCCAUUCGAAAGGAGGAAGAACAGCAACAAGAGGCAGGAGUGGUUCCCCCACCUCCACUGAAGGAGCCCUUUGCGUCUCUACAGCCUCCAUUCCCCAGUGACACAGCCCCAACUACCACUGCUGCCACCACUACUGCUGAUGCCACCACCACCAUCACUACCGCCACAACCACCGCUGCCGCCACCAUUGCCACUGCCAAUGCCACCACCCAGGAAGAGGAGAAGAAGCCACCACCAGCCCUACCACCACCACCACCGCCUCUAGCCAAGUUCCCUCCACCCUCCCAGCCACAGACAGCACCACCCCUACCACCCCCACCAGCCAGCCCGGCCAGCCUGCUCAAAUCCUUGGCCUGCGUGCUGGAGGGACAGAAGUACUGUUACCGGGGGAAUGGAGCAGCCGUUUCCACCCGGCCUGGACCUUUGCCCACCAGUCAGUAUUCCCCUGGCCCCCCAUCAGGUGCUACUGCCCCACCGCCCACCUCAGUGGCCCCUAGCACCCAGGGCUCUCCACAGCCCUCUGCUUCCUCGUCAUCUCAGUUUUCUACCUCAGGCGGGCCCUGGGCCCGGGAGCACAGGGCGGGUGAAGAGCCAGCCCCGGGUCCUGCGACCUCCACCCAGCCACCCCCACCCUUGCCUCUGCCACCUGCUCGCUCUGAGUCUGAGGUGCUAGAAGAGAUCAGUCGGGCUUGUGAAACCCUUGUAGAGCGGGUGGGCCGGAGUGCCAUCGACCCAGGAGACACAGUGGACACAGCAGACCCAUUGGACAGUGUGGCUGAGCGACUGGUGCCUCCUGCACAGGUCAAGGAGGAGAGUGGUGGUGUGGUGACAGCAGCAGCAGCAGGGCCAGGCAGUGGCAAGAGGCGCCAGAAGGAGCACCUGAAGGAGCACCGAAGGCACAGGCGGGCCUGUAAAGACAGUGUGGGUCGGCGGCCCCGAGAAGGGAGGGCAAAGGCCAAGGCACCCAAAGAGAAAAGCCGUCGGGUGCUAGGGAACCUGGACCUGCAAAGCGAGGAGAUCCAAGGUCGUGAGAAGGUCCGGCCUGAUCUUGGUGGGGCCUCUAAGGCCAAGCCACCCACAGCUCCUGCCCUUCAACCAGUUCCUGCCCCCUCUGCCCAGCCCACACCCCCAUCAGCCCCUGUCCCCGGGAAGAAGACUCGGGAGGAAGCUCCAGGGCCUCCAGGUGUCAGCCGUGCUGACAUGCUGAAGCUACGCUCACUUAGUGAGGGGCCCCCCAAGGAGCUGAAGAUCAGGCUCAUCAAGGUAGAGAGUGGUGACAAGGAAACCUUUAUCGCCUCUGAGGUGGAAGAACGUCGACUGCGAAUGGCAGACCUCACUAUCAGCCACUGUGCUGCUGAUGUCGUACGUGCCAGCAAGAAUGCCAAGGUGAAAGGGAAAUUUCGCGAGUCCUACCUUUCUCCUGCCCAGUCUGUAAAACCGAAGAUCAAUACUGAGGAGAAGCUUCCACGAGAAAAACUCAACCCCCCUACACCCAGCAUCUAUCUGGAGAGCAAACGAGAUGCAUUCUCACCGGUGCUGCUGCAGUUCUGUACAGACCCUCGAAAUCCUAUCACCGUGAUCCGAGGCCUGGCAGGAUCCCUGCGGCUUAACUUGGGCCUCUUCUCCACCAAGACGCUGGUGGAGGCAAGUGGUGAGCACACUGUAGAGGUACGAACCCAGGUGCAGCAGCCCUCAGAUGAGAACUGGGAUCUGACCGGCACGAGACAGAUCUGGCCUUGUGAGAGCUCCCGUUCCCACACCACCAUUGCCAAGUAUGCGCAGUACCAGGCCUCGUCCUUCCAGGAGUCACUGCAGGAGGAGAAGGAGAGUGAGGAUGAAGAGUCAGAGGAGCCAGACAGCACCACAGGAACCCCUCCUAGCAGCAAUGCACCUGACCCAAAGAACCAUCACAUCAUCAAAUUUGGCACUAACAUCGACCUGUCUGAUGCCAAGCGGUGGAAGCCCCAGCUUCAGGAGUUGCUGAAGCUGCCUGCUUUCAUGCGGGUAACAUCCACAGGCAACAUGCUCAGCCAUGUGGGCCACACCAUCCUGGGCAUGAACACCGUGCAGCUAUACAUGAAGGUCCCCGGCAGCCGAACGCCAGGCCACCAAGAGAACAACAAUUUCUGCUCUGUCAAUAUUAACAUUGGCCCAGGAGACUGUGAAUGGUUUGCAGUGCAUGAGCACUACUGGGAGACCAUCAGCGCCUUCUGUGAUCGGCAUGGUGUGGACUACUUAACAGGUUCCUGGUGGCCUAUCCUGGAUGACCUCUAUGCUUCCAAUAUCCCUGUAUACCGCUUCGUGCAGCGCCCAGGAGACCUUGUGUGGAUUAAUGCAGGGACUGUGCACUGGGUGCAGGCCACUGGCUGGUGCAACAACAUUGCCUGGAACGUGGGACCCCUCACUGCCUAUCAGUACCAGCUGGCCCUGGAACGAUAUGAGUGGAACGAGGUGAAGAACGUCAAAUCCAUUGUGCCCAUGAUUCAUGUGUCCUGGAAUGUAGCUCGAACAGUCAAAAUCAGCGACCCCGACUUAUUCAAGAUGAUCAAGUUCUGCCUCCUGCAGUCCAUGAAGCACUGCCAGGUGCAGAGGGAGAGCCUAGUUCGGGGAGGGAAGAAAAUAGCUUACCAGGGCCGAGUCAAGGACGAGCCCGCCUACUACUGCAAUGAGUGCGAUGUGGAGGUGUUCAAUAUCUUGUUCGUGACAAGUGAGAACGGCAGCCGCAACACAUACCUGGUGCACUGUGAGGGCUGCGCGCGGCGCCGCAGCGCAGGCUUGCAGGGCGUGGUGGUGCUGGAGCAGUACCGCACCGAGGAGCUGGCGCAGGCCUACGACGCCUUCACGCUGGCCCCCACCAGUACGUCGCGAUGAGGCCGGAUGCCCCGCCCCACAGGGCGAUGCAGGCCACCAGCACACGCCUGGGCUGGACCUAGGUCCCGCCUCUGGCCGGGAAGGGGGUCGGGCCCAGCCCUUCCACCCUAUUGGCAGCUCCCCUCACUUAAUUUAUUAAGAAAAAAAACUUUUUUUAAACAAGAGGAAAAAAGGAAAAAAAAUGGGAGACGGGGGAAGGAGGCUGGCAGCCCCUUGCCCACCAGUCCCUCCCCUCACCGACUUUGGCCUUUCUAGCAACAGACACAAGGACCAGGCUCCGGCGGCGGCGGGGGUCACAUACGGGUUCCCUCACGCCUGCCAGCCGCCGCCCGCCCGCCGGCUGGCGCAGAUACACGCGGCUCAUGUAUGUACAUAGACUAUGGCAGCCGAGGUUUUUAAUGAGAUUCUUUCUAUGGGCUUUAUCCCGCUCCAGAACCUCCUUUUUUACUUCCAGUGCUAGCUGUGACCCCUGUACAUGUCUGUUUAUUCACUUGGUUAUGAUUUGUAUUUUUGUUAUUUUUUGUUUUUAAUUUUUAAUUUAUAACAGUCCCACUCACCUCUAUUUAUUCAUUUUUGGGAAAACCCGACCUCCUGCACCCCCAAGCCAUCCUGCCCGCCCCUCCGGGACCGCCUGCCGGGCUCUUCCUGCGCUCCAGUAUGUCCGGCCCGGCCGGGCGUCUCCGCCUGCCCGCUCGCCCACAGCUCCAGUGGGCUCACAUGGUGCUCAAACCCGCUCCCCUCCCCUACAUCCUGCACUUUCUUGGACCAGUCUCCCCAUUCCCGACCUGUCCCAGACUCUGCCUGAGGGUGAGCGACUCCUGUACUGUAGGGGAAGAAGUGGGAACUGAAAUGGUAUUUUGUAAAAAAUAAAAUUAAAUAAAUAAAUAAAUAAAUAAAUUUAAAAGUUUUAAAGAAAGAACUAUGAGGAAAAGGAACCCGUCCUUCCCAGCCCCGGCCAAUUUAAAAAAUAAGGACCUUCUUCCCCAUCCCUUUUUCUUUUUAAGUAUGAAACAGCCCAGGGCCAGGGCCUCACUGGGGCAGGGACUCCCGGGGUGAAUUUCUCUGGGGCUUUAUUUCUUUUGGUUUUUUGGGGGGGUUCUCCCCGCUGGGGCUGCGGAGGGGUGGGGGGUUUACAGUCUUACCCCCUUCGCACUGCACUGUCUCUCUGCCCCAGGGGCAGAGAGGUCUUCCCAAUCCUACCCUUAUUUUUGGUGAUUUUUGUGUGAGAAUAUUAAUAUUAAAAAUAAAAGCAGAAAAACUUUU